AUGGGAUUGAUGUUUGAAGUUGCUGAAGGAGGAUUUUUGGAUAUUGAUGUUAAGAUUACUGCCCCCGACAACAAGGAAAUCUACAAGGGAGAACGGGAAUCAUCUGGAAAGUUCACAUUCUCGGCACAUAUGGAUGGAGUCUACACUUAUUGCUUCGGAAACCAAAUGAGUACAAUGACUCCAAAGGCAGUCAUGUUCACCGUUGACAUUACUGAACCACACAACCAAGCUCCAGGAGCUGCUCAGAACCAAGAUGCAGCAGAUAGUCAGAAACUUGAAGAGAUGGUCCGAGAGCUUUCCAGCGCGUUGAUGUCUGUUAAGCACGAGCAAGAAUACAUGGAAGUGCGCGAACGUGUUCACAGAUCGAUCAAUGAAAACACCAACUCGCGUGUUGUGAUGUGGGCAGUUUUCGAAGCUAUCGUGCUCGUUGGAAUGACAGUAGGACAAAUCUUCUAUCUCAAGCGUUUCUUCGAGGUCCGAACAAUGGUUUAA